UACAAAGCAAUUAAUAGGAUAUUGUCUAGUAUUUCAAGCCUUCUUGAGAAAGAUACGGAACUUUAUGAUUAGAUAUGAUUAGAAGUCGCAGAUCUUUUUGGCUUAAAACUAAAGCUUGUUAGGAUGCUAAGGAAGUAGAAGUCUUUGUGAGGUGAUAAGAAAGUUCAAUCAAUCUAAGAAUUAGAAAAUUAAAUAUAAUUACAGUAUACUUCUAAAGCAGUCCGCAAGCAUGCAUGUGAUACAAGCAAUGGAGCCCUAAAAGUUGGAGAAGUUUGUGGAGGAGGAGGCUCAUUAAAGGAUAUAGUUUUCGUGUUGGUAGAGAAGUUGAUUUACAAGCUUAGCAAGCCAAGUUAAGGUAUAGGCAUCUCUGGUGGGGGAAAUGAGACAAAUGUAAUUAGAAUAGGGAUCAUAUUAACAAAUAGUGAAAUACUGGUACUGGUCUAAGGGGACAAAAUAGGACUGAUUUUAUGGAGGACUUUGAGUGGCAGAUUGAGAAAUUUGUAUUUGAGGUGGUAGCUAUGGUAAAGCCUUGAAUCAGGAGACUAUACUUUUCAGAACAGAUUGAAUUAAAAAUAGAGAAACUGACCAGAAGGCCAUCACAUUUAUUCAAGAACAGAGGAUAGGUGUUGAGAAAAAUUAUUGUGGAAGAAAACUGGAAAGUGGACUUGCUUACUGAAUACCAGAGAGGAAAGAGUCAAAACAGGAUUAAGAAAGUAGUGUUGAUGAUGGACAUAAGGAAUUUAGGAAGAGCAAAUGGGGAGAUAUUCAGGAAGAAGAGUGAUAAUAGUUUUAGAGGUGUUGAAUUGAAGCAGAUGAUAGGGCAUCUAAAAGGAACUGAUCUUUGGGUACAUGGAGAAAUGAGACUAGAAUGCAUAUAAAAAGUAAAGAUGGAGAGAUUUGGAAGCCUCCUUAAUGGAGAUCAAAGUUGAAAUGUCAAAGUAUCUACAUUUUUUAAAGGACAUAUUAAAGAAGCAGAGGACCAAACAAGAACAUAGAAGACAGAUUUAUUGAAAGUUGUAAAAGGGAGAGAACAAAGGGAUCAGAAAACCAGGAAAGUGUAGUGUUACGAAAGCAAGGGAAGAUAUUUUAAAAACCUGAUACUGCAAGUUAUUCUGAGCAUUGAGAGUUGCAUAUGACCAGAAGGAUACCACAGGUAAUCUUAAAGUACGCUUUGAGGAUUUAAUGGUUGAUAGGUUAAAACUGUAUGCUAAGGAGAAUAUCCCUUGUCCCUCAAAUUUAUUGCCUUGCAGUUGAGUUUAAGAGUUAUUUGGGAUAGAGGAGUUCAGUUGUUAGCUAUGAUCCUCCGGUUUUUUCUUUUGGAGAAUGAGGAAAUCCAUGAACAAAUAAUUAUUGGGUAAUAUUUCUACUAUACUGUUUGACAUAGGGCUUUAACUUUAUUCCAAGUGACAGAUCACUGUCUCUCGAUGUCUCCCUUCAACUAGCUUUUACUCUUCUAAGUGAUGAGUAGAAAUUUCUAACCCCUUAUCUUUCUUCUGAAAUUGGGAAAUGGAAAUGCCUUAGGAAUAUUGAUUUGAGUAAAUUUACUGCAUUUUUUUCUGUGUAUUUACAGAUGGGGCAUGAAUGGGUUUGGUUGGAUUCUGAACAAGACUAUCCCAGUGACUCUGAAUUGAGCAACGACUGCAGGUCCCUCUUCAGCUCAUGGGACUCCAGUCUGGAUCUUGAUGUGGGCAGCUGGAGGGAAACUGAGGAGCCAGGGGCUGAAGAACUAGAGGAAAGCAGCCCCGGGAGAGAAUCUAGUGAGCUGCUUGUGGGGGACGGAGGCAGUGAGGAAUCUCAGGAAGAGGCAGAGCAAGUCAGCCACCAGAACCUCCUGCACUUUUUCUCUGAGGUAGCUUAUUUAAUGGAGCCACUGUGCAUUAGCAGCAAAGAAUCAGGUGAAGGCUGCUGCCCUCCAUCUGGUACCACACAGCAAGAGGCAAGGGAAAUUGAAGUUAUUGAAGGAGAAGAGGAGCCCUGCAGAGAGCCCGAAGAGCUUUCAGCCAAGGUAGACCUCUUGGUAGCUGAGAAGUCAUCACUGGAAGAAAAUGGAAGGCCAGAAGUGGCUCCAGCUCCUUCUGAUAUUUGGGUACUUCAGGAACAACCCACAGGGAGUGAAGAGGGGGAGGUUCAGCAAGAAUCCAAAGAGGAGGACCAGGGUGAAGGAUAUGUGUCUGAGAUGGAAGACCAGUGUUCUUCAGGUGAAUGUGAUGAUGGCUUCCACAUCCAGGAGACUCCUCUGGUGAAUAUCCUUUUCAGCCAUGCUACCUCCUCAAAGCUGUCUGAUCUAAGCCAUAGUGACCCUGUUCAGGAUCAUUUGCUAUUUAAGAAGACUCUCCUGCCAGUAUGGAAGAUGAUUGCCAGUCACAGGUUCAGUAGUCCAUUUCUGAAGCCUGUGUCAGAAAGGCAGGCCCCUGGAUACAAGGAUGUGGUGAAAAGACCCAUGGACUUAACUAGCCUGAAAAGGAAUCUGUCUAAGGGACGGAUUCGCACCAUGGCUCAGUUCCAGCGGGACCUGAUGCUGAUGUUCCAAAAUGCUGUGAUGUACAAUGACUCUGAUCAUCAUGUGUACCAUAUGGCUGUGGAGAUGCAGCGAGAAGUCUUGGAGCAGAUUCAGGUGCUGAGUAUUUGGUUAGACAAAAGAAGAGACUUAACUAGUUUGGAAUGAGAACCAGCCAACGCCGUGGAUGAUAGAAAACCUGUUUUGUUAACUUGGAGCUGCUACUCUGAACUUUUCUGGAAUUUGGACCUCUCAUCGAGACUCUGACCCUAGAGAAGAUCCAGUACUUGUUUACCACUUCUCUGUUGUCUUUUCUAGUAAGAAUAAUGCCUUAACUAACAACCAAAGAGUCAAAGGUGCCUGUAGACAUAAUUUAAAGAAAACAGGAAAAGCUGAGAUUUGGGGGUAUGCUGUGAAUGUUGCUCACAUCUUUGUUCCAUAGGCUUAAUUUAGAGGUAAAUAGAUUAAACCUCUUGUUAUUGCUCUUUAAAUAAAUGUUAUUUCACAAGUCAAAA